GACGACCGCAGCGCCGCUUUGGUGGACGGCGGAGUGUGUGCGCGCCGGGGAAGGGGCCUGCGGACAUUCCGGCCCUUCGCGGACGCGCCGCGCGCCACCUCACCUGAGCUCGAGGGCCGCGGUGCGCGUGCGCCGCCGCCGGGGUCUUUCCGCACGGGAUCGCGAGACUCAACGGCCGCGGCCCCAGCUCUCGGUCAUGGCGCAGUUGUGCGGGCAGCGGCGGGGCCGGGCGCUCUUCGCCCUGCUGGUGGCGCUGCUCCUGUCCCCGGCCGAGGCGGCCGACGUAGACCGCGGCAUCCACGAAUCUUGCCGAGUUUCAAAGGUGGUGGGGAGAUGUCGCGCCUCCAUCCCCAGGUGGUGGUACAAUGUCACUGAUGGAUCCUGCCAGCCAUUUAUGUAUGGAGGCUGUGAAGGAAAUGAUAAUAACUACCUGAGCAAGGAGGAGUGUCUUGAGAACUGUGCUGGUGUCACAGGGAAUGACAUUGGUGGUCUGGGUAGCAGUGGUGGAGCUGAUUCCUCUGUCCAGAGUGUUCCCAGAAGGCAGGAUUCUGAUGACUUGUCUGAUGAGAUCUUCAACUAUGAAGAAUACUGUAUUCCCAAGGCCGUUACCGGGCCUUGCCGAGCAGCCUUCCGACGCUGGUACUUUGAUGCUGAGAAGAACUCCUGUGACAGCUUUAUUUAUGGCGGGUGCAGGGGCAAUAAGAACCGCUAUCUCUCCCAGGAGGCAUGCAUGCUGCGCUGCUCUGGGAACCAGACGUAUCCUGUCCUGUCCCCUGGCGCCAGAGCGGUGGUCCUAGUUGGGCUGUUCGUGAUGGUUCUGAUCCUUCUCCUGGGAGCCUCUGUGGUCUGCCUGAUCCGAGUGGUGCGAAAGAGGCAGGAGCACGCCCUCCGCACUGUCUGGAGCUCUGGGGAUGACAAGGAACAGCUGGUGAAAAACACCUAUGUCCUGUGAAGGCCCUGCUGCCAGGAGUAGUGGGGAGGAGGGAGCAUGUGUGCUUUUAAAAAGUACAGUGACUGCUUGUGUCUGUGAGAUCAUUGGGGCUUUCCUGGUCUGUGCUACUCAGUGGCAUGGCAGGGAGGCACUCCCCGUCCUGUUGGGCUUGCUCAGAUAUCUUGACAGGGAAAGCAGGCACAUAGGGGCUCUUCCUUGAUUUCUUUCUGUCCUCCAGGUAGUUUCUUCUGCCAGGUUUGGUCCCAUUGCCUCUUUUCUCAUCACUAUGAGGCAUAUUCUAAUAGUUCCCUUUUUGUUUGUUGGAUUCAUGUUUUUUUUAAAUAGAAGUUUGAUUUUUUUUUUUUAAUUAGGAUUCUGAAAGAAAAACUACAAGUUUAAUAAAAGGGCCUUUAAAAAUAAA